AUGGAGUGCCCGAAGCCUUUCCUCCAAGACAUCUAUUAUACAGAUGGAGGGUACCUCACUUGCUGCUUGCCAUGCCCAUUGACGGAUUGGGCGUACCCUGAUAACUUCCAGACCAUGAACGCGGCAGCCAAUUGGGUGGCAGUGGCAAGCACACUCUGCUGCGUCUUUCUCUUGGUAUCGUGGGCUGUUCUUCCGGUCGACAAGACGUAUAGGCAUUAUCUGAGCAUCUGCCUCACCAUGGGGGUCAUGUUCAUGAAUCUCGGUUUUGUCAUUCCACUCGCCGGAAACCCAGAUCAAUGCUACGACGCGAUCACGCCCAACUCGAUGAAAACGAACUCGAUGUGCGCCGCCUCCGGCUUCUUCCUCAUCUUGGGGGGCUGGGCAGGCGUGAUGUGGGUCUUCUUACGAGCUCUAUCUCUGCACCUCCAGAUCUGCUGGCAACUGGUCGUUGGGCGCAACUUUAUGUGGUUCUCCCAGGCUCUGGGCUGGGGCAUUCCCGUCAUCGGCGUCGUUAUUGCCUUCAUCUUGAGCGGCGUGUCGUUCCGAUUCGGGCAGACAUGCCACAUCAACCACAAGAACAGCCUCGCCGACCUGUGGAUUCCGUUGCUGGUAUUUGCGGGCCUGACCAUUAUCAUCCAAUUCGCCACGUUCGGCUACUGCAUCAAGGUUUACCUUGCCUCGCUUGCCGACAACAGCGCCUCGACCGAAGGCUCUGGUCUGCCCUCGUACACGAACAGUAUCCGCACCAUGACCCCGAAGCAGGCCUACCGCCGAGUACGACGAGUCAUCGCACUUCAAUGGAGAGGCAUCGCCAUUGUCCUGAUCAUCAUUGCCGACGUCAUCUUCUUCUCCGUGGUGUUCGUCUUUCAGGACAAUACAGUCGAGGCAGUGAAGCGCGAUCAGAGCAUCGCAACCCCCUGGGUUCGUUGCCUCCUCGCUAAGAAUGGAGAUAAGACAGCGUGCCUAGAUGAGGCCAGCAUGCUUGCGGUUAGCAUGCCAACCGUCGGCGCCGUUCUUUUCCUGCUAGGGAUGAAUGGCAUUUGGCUGCUUUUCCUUCUCGGCCGCUGGUCCAUGAUCACCGGCUGGCGCGACAUGUUUAUGUCAGUUCCAAAUCGGAACAAGAGGGAGUUCGUCUCAGUCGAUGCGCGGCUGGAUGAUCUCAAGAAAGACACACGUUCGUACGAGAUGCUGUCCCGGGACACCGGGAAGACCAUGGACGAGUCAGUAACACCCUCCGCAGUGACCCCCGUCUCCCCGACACAAGCUCGGUCGCCAGUGGGGAGCCCGAAUUUCCAUGAUUACGCGCAGAAUUACGCACAGAAUCACACGCAAACCAACGACGGGCGCCGGACCCCCGACUACUUCGGAAACACUGCCCGGUACCAUACCCCGGCGAGGUCGUUUUCGAGCCCACGACCGCCUCAGACAGUGACGUGGGAUGCGCGGGAGACGUAUGCAAGAUCGACGUCGCCGUACGCACAGCAGGACAGAUACGUCAACCCGCUGGGCAUGAACAGGAUAUGAAGUUAUGACAACCACGGAACAAUAACACAACAAAAUUCACUCCUUUUUAUUUAUUUUUUUACUUUACCUUCCGAUAAUAAAAUCAACUAAGAUUCCGCCGAUGUCGCUUCCAUUCGGGCUGAAUCUCGGCGACGAGAGCCUCGCGGCCAUUGUUGCAUAUAAAGACGCGUCCCAGCGGACGGCGAUGUUGGCAGGAGCCGCCCACAUACUUGCCAUCGCCAUCAGUCGGACAACCCGCUGCGAUCCCCUAUUCUCGGCUAAUCUCGAGGAAUCUUGUCGUCGCAUGUGGUGGAGGUGUUUUAAGAGGGAUAGAUUCGGGUCGGCGUCAGGAAUUCUCUCAGGCAAUGUCUGUGGCGCAAAGUGCGGGGUAUAUCAGUCCUCAGUGGGAGUUGGAUCGGGCAUCAAGGCACAAGGUGCACCGUGCAGCGCCCUGGGACGGCCAGAUGUAGGAUGAGAGACGGGUAAACCGGAAGCCG